AUGGACGCUGUUGUCCCACCACCCCCACCACCCCCUCCUCCGCCACAGGAGAAGGUUAUUGCACGACCAUACAAGUGCCCUUACCCAUUAUGUGGUCGUGCCUUCAGCCGCUUAGAGCACCAGACGCGCCACAUUAGGACGCACACCGGCGAAAAGCCAUUCGAAUGCUCGUUCCCUGGCUGCGAGAAGCGGUUCUCGCGCUCGGACGAGCUGACGCGCCACUCAAGAAUACACAGCAACCACAACCACGGACACGGACACCACUCAUCCCAGGACGCCGGCGCCAGCGGAAGCGGGCCCCGAGGGAAGGGCAAGAAGGCCGAAAGAGGAGAGCCAGAGCCGGUUGCAGAGCGGGGCCGUGCGCAGAAGAAGGCGCGCAGCAGGGCGAACAGCGACGACGAGGGCGAGUCGUACGCACGCCCCACGGCGCUCUACCCCACUGACCCCUCAGUCGCUUAUGAACACCCCGCAUACCAUCCCCGCAGACCACCGCCACCCCCGCACCCUGUUGAUUCAUCGUUCCCCGCGCCCGCCGCGAACCCCAAUCCGCACGCGUUCUCUGCGUUAUCGAGCGUCGCGAUGGAGGAGCUGUAUGCGCUCGAGCGCUCAGAGGCGAUGCGCCGCGCCGAGUAUGAGCUCCGUCACUCGGAGGCACUGCGGAGGGCCGAAUACGAGGCGCGCCACGCGGAAGUCCUCGCCUUCCAUGGCAGGCUGAGUAAGAGUGCUGCAUCGACCCCGCUGAUGACGCCGUUCUAUGGCGCACAGCCGCUUGCUGCGGAAGAAAGCGGAUACUUUGGCACCUCGCGAGAGAGGGAGCGCCCGGUGGAGGACGAUCACAUCACCAUCAAGCAGGGGAGGAGGCUGAGCAUGAACGGGCGGAGGGAGCUGUUCCCCACGCACCCGCACACAUCAGGACACGUCGUUGAUGGGCCGUACACGCACGUACGGGCUCACGCACAUGCACACGCCCACACGCACGCCCACGCCCACGCACAGUGGACGCACCCGUACCACGCGGCGAACGCCCCGCACCGCCAGCGCUUCCAUGUCGGGCAGGACGAGUCGCCGUCACCUAUCAGCUCCGAUUCCGACUCGAUUCAGCCGACUCACUCCCCCAUGCAGGGAGUUCAGGCUGCAGUGCCGCAUUAUCCCAACGCGGGCCAAGAGCACUCGCUGCAGUCGCAAUACGUCACGCCAUCGACAAGCCCGUUCCUCGGCGGCUUGCGCACGCUCAACAUCCACUCCGGCACCCCGUCGCGCGCGCCGUCGCCCUUCCGCCUCCCGCCGCCCACAAUCGAAGAGACCGCCGACGACUACGGUCACGCGUUUGACCCGCGUGCGCGCAAGGCUGCGAGCGUUGCGGGCAGCCCGCCAAGCAGCAGCGUGCUCAGCGGGCGCAUGGCGAAGAGGGGUAGCACGGGCGACCUUGUGUCGUACGGAUCGUUCGGGCAGCCGCCCGCGCUCAGCUACGCGGGGCACAUGGGCGGGUUCCACAUCCCGUACACCCACGAGCGCACAGCGGUGCUUGGGCCGGUGCAAACGCCCCAACUGUCGAGCGGACCGAGCAGCGGCGGGAGCAGCCCGCGCAGCCACACGUUCUCGCUUGCGUCGCAUGGGCCGAGUAGCGCGUCGAGCUCGCGCGCGCCGUCGCCUGUCGGAAUGCGUAAUCACCCUCACCACCACCACCUCGCGCACUCGGUCCGCGUCGCGUUUGGGAUGACGCCCAUUCACGCGCCUCCGGCUUCGCGGCGCGCGGGGCCCGCGCAGGUGGAGAUGCCGCCGCCGCCGGACUUCCCGAGCAUAGGCGCGUCGUCGAUGCCUGUGUCGCGGGCGUGCUCGCCGCCGAUCAAGUUGCCGCCGUUGAAGCUGCCGUCGUCGCCCUCGUCGCCGUCGCAUCGCUCGGCGACGCUGAGCGCGCAGACUCAGGAGGAGGGCGAGGCGGAACGGGUGGAGUUGCCUGGGUUCAGCGAGUUUGCGGCCGCGACUGGACUCCACAUCUGCGAGCGCGAGCGCGAGUAUGGGUCGUAG